AUGGCACCACCCUCCCAACCCAAGCCCGCCAUUGUGGUAAUCCCGGGUUCAGCAUGCCCCACGCCCUUCUACGCCGACCUGGUUGCCAACCUGACCGCGCACGGCUAUGAAGCACAGGUGCACAAUCUGCGCACGUACACAGCCAACCCAACCGCCGAAACAGUUCCGGGCUCGCUGGCCGACGACGCCGAGUAUUUCCACGGCAAGAUAGCGGCGCUGGCGGACGCCGGCAAGGAUGUCGUCGUCGUGGCGCAUUCUUACGGUGGGCUGGUCGCGACGGAUGCCGUGCAUGGGCUCAGUAAAGCCGAGCGAGGCGGGAAGGCCGGAGGCGUCGUGAGGAUCAUCUACUUGUCGUGCAUCGUGGGCGCCGUCGGCUCGACCUCCGCUGAGACCUGUGCCCCCUCGCUCCCGAAGUUUGAUUUCAUGGAACCUGUUGACGAAAGUGGCGCCUUCAUGCGCCAGAUCCCUGCGCAAUCCGCGCCGCUGGUGUACUCCGACAUGCCCCUCGCGCAGGGCCUGGAGUGGGUGUCGCAGAUGUGGCCACAAGCGACCCGCAGCUUCACGGACAAGAUCCAGCACGCCGGCUACCUGCACAGCCCCGUCACGUAUAUCCUGUGCACCAAGGACGAAGUGCUGCUCCCGGGCUUCCAGCGCGAGCGCAUUGAGUUUAUCGAGAAGGAGACGGGAAAGAAGGUCGAUGUCGUUGAGUUGGAGGUCGGCCAUUGUCCCAAUGUGAGUGCGCCGGACUUGACGGCGAGCACGGUGGUCGACGCGAUUGUCAGGGAUGCUUGA